AUGUCAGACUAUGUCAGCAAGGCCAGGGAACUUGUAAAGGCCCACAAAUAUUUCCAAUUCUCUGCAUCCUGGUGUCCAGAUUGUGUUUAUGCAAACAGUAUUUGGGAAAAGUAUAAUAUUACAUCAAAAAUCUUCAUCUUUGACAUCUCUACAGAGAGUAAAGACAAGGCAGAAGAAUCUGUUUGGCGUUCAGCCUUUAAAGAAGCCACUGGAAGCAGAAAUUUGCCAACAAUUUACAUAGACGGCCAGAUCUGGGGCACAGAAAGUAAGUUACACCAACUUGAAAACGCUGGAUUGCUAGAAGAGGAAUUCAAGAAGCUCAACUUGCUUUAG